CGCCAUUCGCCAGUCGCACGGGUCCGUUUGUAACCGUUGUUCGUCAGUCGCCGUCGUCGCCGUCGUCGUCGUUGGCGCGCGUUCUCGUAUCACGCCGCCGAGUCUCUUUCCCACACACACCCCUCCGUUCACCGCCGACGUCGCUGAUAAUAAUAAGAGAAUAACGCGAGUCCGCGGCAAAAUUCCGCGGUUUCACACGGUCUUGUGCGCGCGCGUCGUGUCCGUCGGCGAAUUAUUGUACUGCCGUCCGGUUCGUGUUCGUCCAGUCGUUUUUCAUCCGCAAAUGUCUUCUGACGUGUUCAAAUCGUGAUAAGUCUCGGUGCGUCGUGCCGUUCCGUGUGCGUGUGUGUUACUUUUCGCGCGCGCGAUCACGUCGUCCGGACGUGUGUGAUGCCGUUGUCGUUCAAGAAAAUCUUCUCGCGAAAACUGCUGUUCAGCCCAAAAGUCAUGGGUAACGCGGCGUCGCAUCACGAACCGUUGGACCGGGUCGCCAGUCACGCGGGCUCGACGUUUCGGCGUUCGGCCAGUUGUCGGCACAGCAAAUCCGCAAAGAGUGGUCGAUCGCCGUCAAAAAUGGACCGAUUACGGCGGAGUUUUCGAGAUAGUUUCAGACGCCGUAAAGAUCUGAGCAAUAGCGCCGGAUCGCCGGGCCAUCAUUCUAAUCCUAAACCUCAUUUGUGGGCCAUGGACGAGGCUGAAGUCCGGGCUGGGAUAUGUUCCUUCCAUGUUAAAUAUUUGGGCUGUGUCGAAGUCUUUGAAUCGAGAGGAAUGGAAGUAUGCGAAGAAGCUUUAAAAACACUUAGGGCAUCACGCCGUAGGCCAGUAAGAGCUAUAUUUUACAUAUCAGGAGAUGGAUUGCGUGUUGUAGAAGAAGAAACUAAAGGUUUGAUAGUAGAUCAAACAAUUGAAAAAGUUUCGUUCUGUGCCCCAGACCGAAGUCAUGAAAAAGGAUUUUCAUAUAUAUGCAGAGACGGAUUGACUCGUCGAUGGAUGUGUCAUGGUUUUGUAGCUCUAAAAGAAUCGGUAAAUGGUGACCGAUUAAGUCAUGCUGUUGGAUGUGCUUUUCAAGAAUGUUUGAUAAGAAAAAAUAAACGAGAAGAAGAUUGUUCUGUUACAAUGAAUUAUGAUCCAAAAACGUCUGUUUUUACAAGAACUGGCAGUUUUAGAACUCAAUCUUUAACUGAACAACAGUCUGAACCUAAUAUUCCACUCAAUGCACCUCCACAACCUCCUCCUUUUCUUCAGUUAAAUAAAGAUAUACCAACAUCAGUAAAACCAUUGCAACAAAAUCCUACAACACCAAAAGUCAGUACCAAUGCGAUCGAAAGACCGCAUGCUACAUUGUCCAUGCUACAACGACAAGGAUCAUUUCGUGGAUUUACACAAUUGAAUCAAGCGUCUCCAUUUAAAAGACAGUUGUCGCUUAGAAUAUCUGAAUUACCUUCUAAUUUAGAGAGAACGAGAUCAAUGAGUCUACAACCAACAGCAAAUACUCGUACAUCUUCUAAUAAACUUUUACAAAUGAAUACUCCAGUGAGUCCUAUACUUGAAGCUUCUCCUCGAAGUGAAAAACCAAUGUCUACAACAGAUCAAGUAACAGCUAUGUGUCAACAAAUGUCAUUAGAAUUGGCUUUUCUUACAAAUAGUACAACCAAUGAUGAUUUCCCUGAGAAAUUUAAAUCAAAUGAUCUAAAAACUAUAGAAAACAAUUCAAAACAAGGGCCAAUUACUGGAAGUGAAGCAUUUCUUGCUAGUAUAUCAAAAAAAGCCACAUUAUCAUCAGAAACCCAAAGCAACCCAUCGACUCCAAAACCAGAGUGUCGUAUUAGUCCACAAGACGAAGGCUUUGAUUCUGGUUCCAGUUUAUGGAAUGUUAAUAACAAGGCAGUAACACCACCAACUCCGCCUGCUACUCCACCAUCAACACUACCGAGGCCAGAACAGUGGUUAGGUCAAGUGGCAGCAGUUACGUUACAGUCAAUGGAUCCCCAAGUCACACCUAAAAGAAAUCCACAUUUAGCAACACACAGUCGUGCAUUUUCUUUAGACACAGCUGAGGAUGUUUAUCGCACAUUUAAUAAUAUUUCGGCUAAUCCAUUUGACCCUAAUUAUAUAGCCCCUAAACAAAAUACAAAUCCGUUUUUAAGUAGCCCAAUAUCAAGUAGCCAAAAUAAAACUGUAAAAACUUUUGAAGUUCAAAUGUGAUCAAUUCUAAUAAUUAUCAUCAUUGAAUAAUAAAAAGUAAAAACUUUAAAAGUUAGAGAAAGGGAAUAUGCGAUUACUAUUAUAUCAUGUAAGAUUGGAUUUAUGAUUGUGCAAUUAGUGUUCAAAAUUAAUAUUAACAAAACUUUGUAUUGAUGCUUAUUUAUUUAGAGUACUAUGUACUAUCUCUGAAAAAAAUCAAAAUUUAAUUUGAUCAAACAAAAUUAUUUCUUUUCAGUACUAGUAAACUUCAUUUUAUUUUUUUUAAUAACUUAAGUAUUACUAAGUGCAUUUAUAAUAAUAGUUUGUAUUUUAUGCUUAAAUAUUUUCCAUAUAAAAAAACUGCCAAAAAGGUAUUAAUUCAACAUAAUUUUUAGUUUCAAAAUGUACUUAAAUAAAAUAUAUUGAGAAAUGAGUUAUACGGUUAUUAAAAAAUAUUAUAGAGCUGUAAUUGCAUAAACUGUUAAUAAUUUUUUUUUUCAUAUAUUUUUCUGUAAUUAAACAUAAAACAUAAACUUAAUAUUCAUGCACAGUGAAUUUAAAUUAAAUUAUUAAAUAAUGUUUACAUACGUUCAUUUGCAACCUAUACAUAUCAAUAUUUUUCUAACGUUAAAAUACUUAGUAUAUUAUAUUUUAUGUUAAAUUUUAUGUUGAUAUAAAUAUUGACAGCUAAGGGUACCUACUAACGAAUUUGAACUUAUCGCACACAUAUAGUUAAUAGAAAACAGUUCAUUCACUACUAAUAUAUUAACAACUAAUCGAAUCAAAUUGAUAUAAUAAAUAAUAAAAAUUAAACAUAUGACUUAUUUUUACUUUUAGUUAAAAAAAUUAUACAUAUUUCAAUUUUUUUUAAAUAUUAAUAAUAAAUUAUAUUUUCAAAAUAUAAAACUAAAUAGUUAUUGAAAUAAUAACAUUUUUUAUUGAAUGAACUUCUAAUAAUUUACAAACCAAUUCUGAGUUAGUAAACAAACAGUAUAGAUUCUAAAACGAGUCCUAAGUAUUUGCCAAUUUUUUAACUCAAGUAUUAUUUAACGAUUAUCUUUAACCAUAAGUUUAAAUGUACAUAAUGUGUAUUUUUCUAAGAUCAAAAUGUUGAUAUAUGUAUUCUUCUAUAUACCUGUUAGAUUGAAAAUUAUACACCUUGCAUUAAUUUUAUCUCUUUAUUGGCACAAGACUGUAUUUCUGUCGUCCUUACAGUUAUCUAAGUAAUAAUGAUAAGUCAUUAACUUCCCUCAUUUUUACAUAUUAUAUAUGGAUGUUGCUCUUUACUUUCGCUUUCGGUUUAACAAGUCAAACACUUACACAGUUAUAAGACAACCUAAAACUAUUUUAUGAUUUAAAAAAAAAAAAAACGCUUAUAGCUGCGUACUGAAUAGGGAUUGCGUGUUCUGUGAUAUUCGUGUAUUCAAUAGACUGCAUUUUUUUUUUCUAUUGAUACACAACAAUGUUUAUUAUUACUAUUAUUAUCAUUAUUAUAAUUAUUAUUAUUAUUAUUAUUAUUAUUAUUAUUAUUAUUAUUAUUAUUGUAUAUACUAUACGCAAGUAUCUGUGGUAACAUUAUAUUAUAAUAUUAACUGUAUUGCUCUCAUAGAAAAUACGGGAAUUAAAUACUAACUUAUGUAUUAUAAUUUUAAAAAUAUCAUAAUAAGAAUAGUAUCAAUAUUGUUAAAUAUAAUUAUACUUUUCAUUAUUGAUAUAUAUAAAUAUAUACGUAUGUAUAUGUAUUACUUGUUAGUAUUUUAGUUUGUAUUAUAUUUUCUUAAGAUUAAAAAUUAUUUUUAAAACAAUUAUUAUUAUGUAUAGAUUAUUAUUAUAACGCAUAGUAUUAAUCAUUUAUGGAUUAGACAUCAUAAUUGAUCUAACUGGUUAUUCGUUAUGCCUGAGAGCAACUAUACCUGUUUAAAAAAAAAAAAAAUUAUAAAAUAGCUAGCAAUUAGUUAAAACUCAAUUAAAAAAAAAAAAUUGUUGUACCUAUUAACUAUUAAUUA